AUGGAGAUCAUCCAAAUAGCCAUCCGGGGCCUGCAACUCCUCUGGAUCAUCAUCCUGACCGCCCUGCUCGGCAACGUCAUCGCCACCAGCAACAAUGGCUCCUUCGUCUCCGCCGCCGCCGUCAACUUCUCCAUGUUCGUCACCGUCCUGGGCUGGCUCGUGACCAUCUACGGCCUGGCCGUGGCCUUUGUCGAGUCGCUCGCCAUCCCUAUCGUGGUCAUGGCCACCGACGCCGCGGUCGUCUUGUUCACAUUCAUCGACGCCGUCGUCCUGGCCGCCAUGUUGGGUGUCCCUAACUGCGGCAGGGAGGACAACGAGAAGAAGUGCCGCGAGCUGCAGGCCAGCACCGUCUUCAUGUGGUUCCUCUUUGGCACCUUUGCCGCGUCGUUGGCCUUCGCGCUUCUGGGCUACCGGAGGGGCGGUGGCUCGGUAAGGUCGGGUGGCCCUCACAUGGCACAGGUUAGGGUCUAA